AUAAGUCUACUUCAAAUUGUCAGUUAAUUGUUUAAUCAUUUUCCACAGUUUUUAGUUAGCUGUGUAAACUCGCGAGGUUUACUAGUGUCCGAUACAGUAACACAAUGAAAGCACAACUUUUCGCCGUUUGUUUGGUGGCUGGUUUUUGCCUAUCGACGGGUCAAGUGCAAACAUUCCCUCCUAAUUUUCUGUUUGGCAGUGCAAGUGCAUCUUAUCAAGUAGAGGGUGGAUGGGAUGCAGAUGGAAAAGGACCGAGUAUCUGGGACGAACUAACACAUAAAUAUCCAGACAAAGUAUACAACCGGGAGAAUGGAGAUAUUGCGUGUAACUCAUACGAACUCUACAAGGAAGAUGUUCAGUUAUUGAAAGAUGCAAAUAUGGACUUCUAUCGGUUUUCAAUAUCGUGGUCUCGUGUCAUGUCGGGUGGUGACAAUGCAACCGUUAACGAGGCAGGUCUACAGUACUACGACAAUUUAAUUAACGAACUAAUAGCAAAUGACAUUCAGCCAAUGAUAACAUUGUACCACUGGGACUUACCUCAAGCCAUUCAAGAAAUCGGAGGAUUGACAAAUCCUCUGAUUGUAAGGUAUUUCGAAGACUAUGCUGACCUCGUAUUGAAAAGAUACAGCGACCGCGUCAAGUACUGGUCAACAUUCAAUGAACCGAUCAUCAUUUGUCAACAUGGAUAUGGAAAUCCGGAUAGGGCACCGUUUGUUUAUUCGGCUGGUAUCGGUGUUUAUUUGUGCUCGCACAAUUUGUUGUUAGCACACGGUAAAAUCUACGACUUAUUCGAUGCGAAAUAUCGAACAGAGGGCAGUAAAAUGGGAAUAGUUAUCAGCUGUGGAUUCAGCUUUCCGUUGGAUGAAAACAAUCCAGAUGAUGUGGCUGCUGCUGAUAGAGCCAUGCAAUUUAGUUGCGGCAUGUACGGUCAUCCAAUAUUCAGUAGAACUGGCGGCUACCCGCCCAUAAUGGUUGAGGUAAUAAAUGAGUUGAGCAAAAAGGAAGGUAGAGCUUGGUCUCGACUACCAUACAUGAGUGCUGAGGUUAGAGAUUCAUUGAGAGGAAAAUCCGAUUACUACGGACUGAACUAUUAUAGUAGUGGUUUAGAAACAGCCUCGACAUAUGAACGUUCUGGUGAGCCUUCCUUUUGGACCGAUCAAUAUACUAGCGGUAUUAAGAAUGCGUCUUGGCCUGUUGCCAAGUCCACAUGGCUAGUUUCCGUACCGGAAGGUUUAAGGGGCAUGUUAAAUUGGAUCAAAAACCAAUACGAUAAUCCAGAAAUAAUAAUCACCGAAAACGGUUGGUCAGACGAUGGAGAAUUAGAGGAUACCGGUCGGAUAGCAUACCUUCGGGGUCAUUUAAAGGCUGUUCUAGAUGCAAUUGACGAUGGCGUAAAUGUUACCGGACACACAACGUGGAGUCUGUUGGAUAACUUCGAGUGGAUGAUGGGAUAUUCCGAAAGGUUCGGUAUUCAUUACGUUGACUUUGACGAUCCAGCCAGACCUCGUACACCAAAGGCUUCAGUGGCAUUUUUAAGGAAUGUUAUUCAAACAAGAAUCGUUCCAGAUGAAUGA